UCGCUGCGCCAUGAACAGUCCCGAGGCAGCCAGUGCGCAGGCUUCUGCUGAAACCUGGACUUGUCUUCAGGCUGGACACAACAGAGGAAAACAUGUCACGAUUUGUCGCGCGUUUGUUCAUUCUCGCUUCUCAGCGCGCCACAGCCAGAUCCGUGGUGUUGUUGAGAAGGGUAUUCAUCCGUCCUCUAUCCACAACUCAAGGCCUGCAGUCCCUCACACGAUACAGUGAGAAUGAAGACUGGCAAAAGAAACUCACCCCAGAACAGUAUGUAGUCACCAGAGAGAGAGGAACUGAGGUGCCUUUUAGUGGGAUCUACCUUAACCAUUAUGAAGUGGGGAUGUACCACUGUGUCUGCUGUGAUGCCCCACUCUUCAGUUCAGAGGCUAAAUAUGACUCUGGGACAGGCUGGCCAGCAUUCAAAGAGGCUCAUGGGACAUGGGAGAGGGAUGAAAGCCACACUUCCAUCAUUCGUCGCCCUGACAACAGCCUGGGUAGUGCUGGGACAGAAGUCCUUUGUAAAAAUUGUGAUGCUCACCUGGGUCAUGUGUUUGAUGAUGGACCAGACCCAACGGGUCAGCGAUUCUGCAUCAACAGUGUGGCACUCAAGUUUAAACCAAGAGAAAACAAGCCUGAAAAGCCUCAGGAAAACUGAUGAACUCCAUGGACUUGCCUAAACCACUGAAAUCACACUUUUACUGUAUGUUUCUUUGUAGGUCAGUGUUUUGGGGAGGUCAGUGUAUUCAGGUCUGGAAGUGAGAGGUUCUGUAUGGUACAAAGUAAUGUUUGAACAUUGGGGUAAAUACUGUAUGCUUCCCGGGAUUUAUUAAACUGAAAGAAGCUUUUGUUGAGGGCUUUGGCUCUAGACACUGGAGAGAAUACUACAAAUCUGCUGAACAUGCACUAUAUUACAUGAGUCACUCAAUGUGUAGACCAACAGUCACCUAAAGCAUACUUCCUAAUUUACUCACUGUGUGGAUUGCUUUUAAUGUUUUCUAAUUUUUGUUCAGUUUUGUCUUAAUGAAUGUCAACUGAACGAUGCUUGUCUUCAAGUUGAAAGAGAAACCUGACACUUCAGUGUGGAACAUAGUACCUAACCCAUAGAUGUCACAAAGAUUAAUUGCCUCUAAACACCAUCAUUAUGUGUGACUUGUUUUCAUGUGUGAAAAAUGUCAAAAUACACUGGACCUUAAUUAAGAAGACCUCCUUUUUUGUAGAGAAUGCAAAAAACAGCAAGUUAUGACAUUGCUGCUUCUUGUAUUUUUCAGUCUGGUGCUGGAUGUACAAAUCCAAAUGGUUUGUCUGAUUUAGGAGCUCUUAAUGUUUCCAAUAGGGAAGGCGACAGUGGUGCGGUGGGUAGAGCAGUCGUCUCCCAACCAGAAGGUUGAAGGUUUGAAUCUCGGUGCUGGUGGUCACAAUGUCUUUGGGCAAGACACUGAACCACCCCCGCCUCGAUGGUUAGAGCUAUCAGUUGAGGUGGCACCGCACAUGGCUGCCAUUGGUUUUGUACAAAUUCCUUGUGUGUAACAUACUUGGCCAAUAAAGGUGAUU